GAUAGAAUUAGGGUUUCGGUGAUGCUGCGUUUACUCAGAACCUCCUCUUCCUGGAGGAGCAUUUCCAUGAACAAUACUCUUCCAAAUUCGAGUCCCGCGUCCUCCAUCUCCUCUUCCAACUUCCAGUCUUGCCUCAUCUAACUCCUCCACGAGCAGUUCCACCGAUGCCAAUUUCUUUGGCAGAGAUUCUUUGAAAAACGCAGCGGCCAUCAUAGCUCCUUCCGUGGUGAAUCUCACUACAUACAAAGGAGGUUUGUUUGGGAGUGGAGUUGUGUUUAGCGAACAAGGCUUGAUCAUUACAACUGCUCAUACAGUUGUUGAUGUGGAAAAGUUACAAGUCAGUCCUGUGUAUCAUGCGCAGAGAAAAGAGGUUAUGAUAGCCACGAGCCUUGGUCAGACGUUCGUAGGAGCACUAGUCAAGAUCGAGUCGCCAGUGUCACUCUCUCCUGCCAAGUUUGGCACUUCCAGUCUUCUCGCUGUUGGGGACUUUGUCUUGUCGGUUGGCAACACCUUUUCAAUGGGAAUAAUCAGUUGUCUUAAACGCCGACAACAUGAUUUACGUCUAGAAGGGAAAUGCGAAGUGUAUCUACAAACCGAUUGUUGUUUGCAUGAGGGGAGCUCUGGAGGUGCCCUUGUAAACCUUGAGGGUGAAGUUAUCGGCUUGAACUGCGGGCAUGGGGAAGCAGAAGUUGGUGUUGGGUUUGCAAUCCCGAUUGGUACUGUUUUGAAAGUGAUGAAGGAAAGAAGGUGGUUGUGUGAGGAUCGAAAUGAAAGGUUUCUUGCAAAGUAAUAGGAUGGGGGCUUGAUGCUGCAGAACGUAAAGACUGUUUUUUUUGUGGCGAUCUAUUGAAAUACUGGUAGUGUACCGAGGUUUUGAUAAAUGAUUACCUAACUGGAUUUACAUAUAUGAUUAUUGAACCCGGUUUUCUA